AUGCGGUUCCGACUGUACGUAGUAGUGUACGCACUGGCUAUCACGUGGGCAGUCGCGAUUGUAUUCAGUGUCGCUGCCAAGAAAUCCGCAGCUAUAGGGAUCACGUACCCGACCAGGUCGGGGGUCAAGAUCUGGGUCGACCCUGCGACUCCUGAUGAUCGUCAGAGCUACGUGAGCUCCCGGGGUCGUAAGUGGGACCUCGUUAUGAGUGACGAGUUCAACAUGCCGAACCGGAGCUUUCGACCCGGGGACGACCACAUCUGGACGUCGCUCGAGAAACCCGAUGGUGUUAACGGAGCCCUUGAGCUCUACUCGCAUAAUAUGACCUCCACGCGAUGUGACGCUGACGGCACGUGCUACUUUUACAUCAAGUCCGUGGACGAAAUCAACGUCAUUCACGUCUACAACAUGUACACGCACCCGCCCGGGUUCGUCGAUGCCAACUUUUUCUACCGAUCGGCGAUGGUCCAGUCCUGGAACAAGUUUUGCUACCAAGGAGGGAUGGUGGAAGCACGGGUGCAGCUCCCGGGGGUUAUCGCCCCUGAUUCAGGGAACCCGGACCUGGCAACUGGCAAAAACGAGCAAGUCAAGGCCACCAAGUACUACCCGACGUGGCCCGGGAUCUGGAUGAUGGGGAACCUCGGUCGAGCCAUCUUCUCGGCCUCAACGAACCGCAUGUGGCCGUUUUCCUACAACAAGUGCGAGCCCGACCUCUUUGAGCCGAGCUACCAGCGCAUUAGUGCUUGCAACUCCAACCCGGGCUACGGGUUGAACCCCAAUCAAGGACGAGGGGCCCCGGAGAUUGACGUGCUGGAAGGUGGUGGAGCUCUGGUGUCGUCGUCGGUUCAAAUUGGGCCAGGCAUGCCGGAUGAAUACCGCAUCAUGUCUAUCGAAUAUGGCAAGGAAGACCCCUCGUGCAUCUUCUCGUCCACUUGUAACUCCCCCGGUGCGAACCACGCGGACGUCCCGACUGCACUGUACAAGACCCGGGGGCAUAAAACAUGGUACCAAGGUCUCCGCUAUUCCGCGAACAACUUCUGUAAACCGGAUGCCAAGCGAAAGCAGUCCUAUAGCACCGUCGCCGCGUCGGUGAAAAGCGGAUUUACCAAGAAUGCGUGCUCGAAAGACACCUGUCCAGCUUCGAACGACAUCAAUGGCGACUUGGAUUUGAUUGAUGGCAAAGGCAAAGAGCAUUGGGGUAUCAACUCGAACGGCACUUGCUACCCGCUCUUCAACGUGUACCUUGGCGCGUACUUGUGCGAUCCCGACAAUACAUUUUACAAGUGCGCACAGCCGCGCGAUGAAGCAAAGACGCCCAAAUCCAAUGCCAUGAGCUCGUUCAACUACCAAAUGGACGCGAUUUCGGCCAAUUGGCCCGUGCACCUUGGGGUGUAUCUGGACUACGUGACGUAUCAGCUCGAGUGGGUCACGGGGAAAAAGGGGUAUAUCCGAUGGAUGCUGCAUGGGAUGCCACUGUACGAAGUGCCAGCCGAAGCGAUCUGGAACGUCCCACAGAAUGCGAACAAAACGAAUCCGGGAAAGUUGAUGCUAGAGGAGCCCAUGUAUAUCAUUUUCAACGUGGCUCUCUCGAGUAUGUGGAGUGCCAAUCCGCCAAACGCUGGUCAAGCGUGUCGCGGGAACGGGUCGGACAAAGUGACGAAUACCAUCUGCGAUGCGUUCCCGCUGUACUUGAAGAUGGACUACAUCCGACUUUACCAGGACCUGGGAGAUGACUUGGACGACGACAACUAUAUGCAACUUGGUUGUGACCCCAAGAGCCAUCCGACAAAAAAGUGGAUCGAGGGGCACCUUGAUGAGUACGAAGAUGACGAGAAUCCUCACAAAGACGUGGUGGGUAAGGCUUUUUGCAUGACCAACGACGAUUGUACCCUUGGAGGAGGGGCGGGGAGGAGGGUGUUGAAAACCGGAAAGUGUGUCAAUGGACGGUGCCAGUGCAUGUACUCGGUGUCAUGGGGUGGACCUCGCUGUACCACGGCCAUUUCCAGCUCCUCUGCUUUCAACGUCAACACGACUUCGGUCUCGGCGACUACCUACGGACCUGCCUUUGGCAUGUCCAUCGGUACCGCGGGGGUUAUGGUGCUCUUUUCUUUCCUCUUGUUCCUGGCGUCUGCGGCAAAGGAGAAAAAGGCGGCGGCGGUGUUGAAAAAGCAGGGCAAGUUUGCGCCGACUGUGAGUUCUCGAUUAAACUCGAACGAUGUGCCGGCCAAACUAGACGAGUCGUCCAGCAGUGGCCUUGGCAGUGCUCGCCAGAUACCGCGAGACAAUUACAGUCAAAACUUCGUCUAG